ACAAACUCAGACACAGUGUUUAAGUGGAGUACUAUUGCAGUUACUAAAAAACUUUAAUCAGCUUACUGUUACAUUUGGUACUAUAAAAGUGCCAGUAGAUAAAUAUUAAUAUUCAAUUUGCUGCACAAUAAUUUGUUUGGAAAUUUAAUACUGAACUAAGUCAGUGUUCUACUAAUUUUUUUAAGUUCUUGUAUUUAUAAUUUACACUUCCAUGCAAAUAUUAGUGCAUGUAGUAUACAAACUGGAAGUUGAAAAUAAGGUACAUAAAUUGAUAUGGAAAUAUUAAAGCUACAAGAAACACAAAGUUCUGCAUGUUAUUAGUUCUGCUACUCUACCAUACCACUGCCAACAAGACCUAAUAUUUUAAAUAUAUAGCUCCUUGCAUUUGGAACUAAACUAUCUGUAAAAAUCAUGACUUGAAAUAUGCUGGAAACAUGUAUUUUCAAAAUGCAUGUCCUGGCCCUCCACACAAGUGUUUGGUUGCUAAUGUCAACAUGCAUUAGCAAUGAAAUUGUACUAUACUUAGAUGUGGUUGAACCACAUCUAUGGGCUGAGCCAUUAAAAAGCAUUUUUUAAAAAAGCGAAGAAAUAAACUAGGUAAAAGGGAAUAUGUCCUGUUCGGCUAAAACAUUCAAGUAUAUCUAUAAUUAGUACAAAAUUGUUCAAAAUAGACUGCAGAUUAAUUAUUAAUAUUUAGUAGAAAAUAACCAUACCAUACAGAAAGUGUUACAUGUUUUUAUUGCUCAUAAAGACUUUAAAGCAUUUUGAUCAUGUAUCAAGAACUUGAAUUUUAUGAAUUAACUAGUGGGUUAGAGAAGAUUUGUAUUUCCCUCUCCCUAAAGGACUGCACGUUUGACAGGGGAAAGUAAACUCUAAUCUAUCAAGCCAAACUUUUUUUAAUUAGUAAUACUUUCCUAAAAGGUAACUACUAAGCAAUUGCAAACCUCAAAUUCAUGAGCCUUAUGCCAAUAGAAAUUGGAUCUAUAGUGAAUAAAUACAGUUAAAGGAAUAAUAUUUUUGAGGAAUGAGUUUGUUUGUCUUUGAGCAAGAAAGAGUGAAAUGAGAAAUGCCCAGCUGCCUCAUCUGGAACCAACACAAAACUUAAUCUGCUUUGAUUCAGUUCUCAAAAUAGGGCACAGUCCUCCGCUUUUUUUAUUUAUUUAUUUAUUUUAAAGUAGGCUGAAUUUAGACUGCACCAUUACUUCUGUAGCUCCCAAAACACACUCUCAAUUUAGAGACCAUUGGUGGAUGAGAAAUGUGACACUUGCAGAGCUUUGGUGAUGUUUUGUUUGGCAAUACAAAUUAGCAAAUUUACUCCAUCUUUAGGAACAAAGAUGACAACUGCUAUAGAGUGACUUACCCUUGGCUAUCUGCUGCUUUCAAUCUCAUGUGUCUGACGGGAGUGGACCUCUCAUCUAAUGCAAGGGAAGAGAAUUUCUCAUCUAAGGGGUCCACAUUGCUUUUCUUGACCUCCUUGGAAAAUUAUGACAAUAUUCUGUGUUUGCUUAUUGCUACAUUGCUGUGGGAGCCCAUCACAGAAUUUUGAAUGUCAGUUACAUAUUUAUAUGCACAUUUUAACAAUUUUACUAAUUCCAUAUUUAUUAUUUCACUAUAGUAUUUAUAGGCUCCUGUUUUUUUAGUGUACAUAGUCACAAGUGUUUCUCUUGACUGGAUAAAAAUUCCAAAUUGCAUAUUAUUUCUUGAUCUAGUUUGGCUCUUUAAAUUAAAAAAUAGGAUUAUAUUUUCUUGUUCAAUAUGUUAUCUUUGCUAGUGAUAGCUAUUAAAAUGCUGCUAAAAUACAUAUAGUGCCAACGACUGACAAGUGACGUGCUCCUAUAAGCCACAAGCAGAAAACAAGUGGGGUUUCUCUUGAAUUUGUGGAAAAUUUGUGAGCAUCCUGUACCUCCCCUCCCAGAGUGUUUUAUUCUUCCUGCAGCCAUCACUACAUACACUAUGAUAGAAAACAGACACACAAUUAAUACACAAGAUAAAUCUUCUAAGAUGAAAAAAUACCUGUUUUUAAAAAAAUACAGGUGCGAUCAUGAUGUCAACAUUCCCCCCUCUACCCCCCAUAACUUCAGGGGCUUUCUUUCUUUUACACUCUUAUUAUGGGAAAAGAAAAUUUAAUUGCAAACAAUCUCUUUUUAAAAGAAUAAAGUAACUUAUACAAAAGAAGGGAGUCAUUAGUAUACAAGGUGAUAGUAUCAAUGGUGUAGUAUACAAUCACAUUAUUGUGAUUUGCAGGAUUACUUAAGUGAUUUAAUAGAGUGUUUUACCUGCCUAUGAACUGCAAAUUGUUACCCAUACUUUGUAGCUCUGUUUAAACAAAUUAUCUAUAUUCCAAACCAGACUUGACACACAAGGAAAGAGAAUAGAAGGUUCCUAUUUUUUGUUAAAAUACAUAUCAGUACAUGUCUCCUUUUUCAGCUAUGUUAUGGGUGAAUAUAGACUGCUAGUGUAGGCAUAGUGAAAGAUUGGUUUACAAUUAAAAAACACUAAUUGUGCUAUUGAAUUCUGUCAUCCUAAAGUCUGGCCUUACAACUGUCUUAGGAUUCUCUACUUAAUAUUUAUCAAGUUCAUCAUAAACUUUAGAUGGAUGAUUGGAUAGAGUAGACAAUAACUUAAUUAAAAAAGUGGGGCCCAAUGCCUACCUAGGUUUAUGCACCUGCAUAACUUGACUUUUAUGAGUAGUGUUGUGGGUCAAUUGACAUCUGGAAAAUUACUCCUGCUUGUCUUUGCAGGAUCAUGAUCACAACCCUGAGCUCCAAAACAACUGUGCAGAAAUUUAGGCAUGUUCUUAAGCAUCUCAUUGAGUCAGGGCCUUAAGGGACAGCCACCUCUUCAGACUUUUUCAUUGAGAAAAUAAAAUUAGAAUAAUAUUUAUCUUAAAAUAAACAAAAUCAAACUUCUAAAAUUCCAGCUGUAAGUGAAAUUUUAAUUUGUCACUUAUUAGCUUUAGUGUUCACUUCUAAAUAUGUGAAAGUUUUUCUGUAUUUGAAAGGUGUGAGUGGGUCACGAAGGCAAAGUGUAACACUUCACUGCUAUUAACUGCUUGUCAUCCUUGCAUGCAGUAUAGGGGGUAUUAGUAUCCCUAUCUCACAGAUGUGGAAAAUAAGGCACAGAGGCUAAAGCAAAAAUUUUCAAAUGUGUGUAUAAAGUUAAGCAUCCAAAUUUAGGUACCUGCAUAAAUGGCCUGAUUGUGCAAGUAUGACCCUUCUAAAGCUCCAGUUGAAGUUCAUGGUAGCUAUAGGUGCUCAAUACCUCAGGAUUUAGGGAGCUAAAUUUUGAUCCUUGUGACUUAGCAGAGGCUAACAUCUAUCUUAACUAGCCAAAGCCCAAUUGUGGAAUGCAGGAAACUUAAGCUAUGAAAUUCUUUUGUUUAGUGUAAAUAACUCUGUACCUUCAGUUACAUAAUUUUUCAAUGAUGAUGUAAAUAACUUUCAGUCAUAAAUUUGCAACCCUCACUUUUAUAUAUCUCAUUGGUAACUCUGGGUCUAAAAUGCAUGAUUGUACUCAAGCUGGGGGACCUCUGAGCACUGUGGAUGUCAGUUUCUGAGCUUAGUCCUUUGUGCAAUCAGUCCUUGCUUAGACCAUACCGGUUCUCACACACUUGAGCUUCCUCUUGCAGCCAAUGGUUGGAUGCUCAGCAGAGAUGGUUCAGCUGCAUGCAGUUUGUGCUGGUUUUAGCACCACUUGUGGGUUGGGCUAGAGCUGCCCUCUACAACCGUGAAAUGAAGCUGGAAUUCCCCGCCCCCUCCCCCGAGAAAAACUAGGACUAUGGGUUUUCAGGACCCCAGAGGCCAACUCUGGGGUGUAACUAUGAAGGAGGGAACCCUAAGAAAAAACCCUGUAACAGGCUUUCACCCCCAACGACUGGCUUGAGCCCAUGGGUGCUGAGACAAUUUGCAUAAGGGGGGUGCUGAGAGCCAUUGAACAAAUUCACACUGUAUAGGAUGGAAACCACUUCAAGCGCGGGGGUGUCGGCACCCCCAGUUCCACAGGCUCUGUUUGAGUGGUUUCCAGGCUCUGUGGCCACAAGGCGGGGGUGGAAAGAAAGGGCUUCUUUUUUUGGGGGGGGGGGAAGCUGACAUUCCCCCUAGGGAGGGCGAAGGCCGGCUCCCGCACCUGAAGCUAAUCAGCGCACACCUGCGGGGAAAAAAAACCCCAGCCGGGCGGUGUCCGGCUGGCCCGGAGUCAGCCCCGCGUAACUUUCAUCACUUCAGCGCCGUUAGAGCGGAGCCGGCUUUUGCUCGCCAACUGGAGCCGCGGAGGCGUCCCCCGGCCGGGCUUUAACCGGGGCAGCGCCAGCGCUGUGGCCGCGGGCCAGCGCGACCCCGGCACGACCCUUCCAGCCGGGGCAGAAGGUGGCUCCCGCCGUGCGUCACCGCACAGAGCCACGGCCACAGCAGCCGCCGCCGCCUCUGCCCUCCAUUCCCGGGCGGCGGCGGCGGCUAGCGCUGCUCUUCGCCUCACGGCUGCGGCGUGGCCCUGCCCGCUGGCCGGGCCUGCUCCGCUCGCCUCCCUCCGCCCCGCUCGGUGUCCGGGCGAACGCGCGGCGCGGCCCGCCAGAGCAGGGCGACUCUGAGUCCUUGCGGCGCUCGCUCCUCCCGCCGCCGCCGCCGCCGCGGGGAGGGCGGGGGUGGGCUCCAGCGCCUCAGACUGCUGCUGUCAGAGCCGAGAGACACGCUCCGCCUGGGGAGAAGGGAGGGAGCGAUACUCCUCCUCCCCCCGCCGCCACCCUGGCCUGCCUCUCUCCUCCAGCAGCUCCACAAACCAGGAACCAGAGCCAGCUGCAGCCUCCUGUGCGUGAGAAAAACACGGGGAAGCCAAACCGGGAGUGCGGAGCGGCGCCAGGAGGAGAAGGAAGGUGAAGGAGGACGGACGCAGGAGGGGAAGCACAGAGGGCUUGUCAACAUAAAAGGGAGGAAAAAGUUUACCCCCGUGUCACUCUCGCCUCCCUCUUCCUGGGUGGCGUCGCUGGGAGUUUUACCUGGAAUGACAAGUUUUUUCUGGGUGCCUCUUUCUCUUUCCAUGCUGCUGGAUCCGACUCCCCCCUCCAGCAGCGGAAUGAGGGUGUGAUAAGGGGGAACCCGCCCCCCCCACCUAACCCUCUAUGGUGGGAGCUGUCCCCAAGAGCAGAGAGGAGCUGAUCCGGGUGGACUUGGCUGUUUCCAGCUCCACCGUUACCCUGCUGCAGCCCCCCGUGGAGCUGGAGUCAGAGAGGAACUGCUGCCGCGGGGGUUUGUGUGCGAGUGUUACAGCCCCCUUCUUCCAGGAUAUAACUAAAACCACCUCGAGCAUUUUCAGUCGCAUCUUCAUCAUCGUUUCCUCCUAAUUCUUGCGAUUGCUGCUUGUUGGAUGGCUUGUUGGCAGUAGCUGGGGGUCUUGCCUCCUCCACCGCCCCACCAUGUCCUAGAAAAGCUCCGCUGGGUCUGGGAGUCUGGCUCAUUCCUCGGCCCAUGUCUACUGCUGGGUCUGGAAGUGGAGAUCAAUUUUUGGAAGAAUAUUAAAACAUGGAAGGCACGUGACUAAAUAAAAAUCCUCAAGCAAAGAAGGAGGGUGAAAUUAAAUGCUUCGGGCUCCAGACAGCAUCUCGAAUUUUGAAACAGUUGUGUUGCCCCCCAUUUACCAUUUACCCUCACUUGAAAAGGAGGAAAGAGAGAAAAUCUCUGCGCAGCAUUUACAAAGACUACACCAGGCGCAAUAAAAUGAAACCCAGAGGCAAGCAAAGGACAAGUCCUUGAACCUUAUUAUGGAGACAAAAGGAUACUACAGUUACCCAGAAGGCUUAGACAUGGAAAAACGGUGGGGUCAAGUUUCUCAGUCUGUGGAGUAUUCUUCUUCAGGUGCUGGAGAACGGACUGAUGAGAGUAACUAUAUGGAGAUUGUAAACAUAAGCUGUGUAUCUGGUGCUUUUCCAAACAGCAAUGCUCAAGGAAACAGUAAAGAAAAACCUGAACUACUCCCUAGCCUGCAGCAAGAUAAUAAUCAGCUUGGUAUUUUAAACUCUGACAUCAAGAGUGAGUCAGACUCAAAGGAACUUUCAACAACUGUAGCUGAAUCUAUGGGUUUAUACAUGGAUUCCAUACGAGAUGCUGAUUAUACCUACGAUCAGCAAAAUCAACAAGGAAGCAUAAGUCCUGGGAAGACUUAUCAAAAUGUUGAGCAGCUGGUAAAGUUCUACAAGGAAAAUGGCCAUUGUGCCUCUCCCUUAAACAGUGCAAAUAGGCCCUUGAUAUCUUUGAUAUCAGACUCUGGAAGUUCUAUGAAUGGUGGUCUCAUGCGCACUAUUGUCAAAAGCCCUAUAAUGUGUCCUGAGAAAACUCCUUCUGGCAGUAGUCCUCAGAACAUGACUCCUUCAGUUUGUAGCCCAGCUGGCAUUAACUGUGUAUCCUCAACUACUUCUACUAAUUUUGUACAUUUUCCAGUGCACAGCCCAGUCAGCCAGGGAACUCCUUUGUCAUGCUCACCUAACAUUGAAAACCGGAGCUCUAGGUUGCACAGUCCUGCACAUGUUAGUAAUGUGGGAUCCCCUCUUUCUAGUCCUAUAAGUAGCAUGAAAUCACCAAUUUCAAGCUCUCCUAGUCACUGCGGUGUGAAAUCUCCAGUUUCAAGUCCUAACAAUAUCACUAUGAGAUCCUCUGUGUCCAGUCCUGCAAAUAUGAACUCAAGGUGCUCUAUUGCCAGCCCUUCCAAUACAAAUAAUAGGUCCAGUCUUUCUAGCCCAGCUAUUAGCACUGUGGGAUCUUCUAUCUGUAGCCCAGUAAACAAUGCCCUAAGCUUCCCUACUUCUGGCACACCUGCUGGACCUAGCACAGGCCAAGAUACUAUUCCUAGUCCAGAAACAAAAGACAAAGGUACUCAAGAAAUCACAUUUCCUAAAAUGGAGGAAAUGGAGAAUGCCAUCUCAAACAAUUGUGUAGCUGGUCAGAUGAAUCUUGUUCAGUUUAUAAAGCCUGACCCAGAUGGAGAAUUCAGUAGUUCAUGUAUUGGAGAAAACAGUAAAAUCAACUCUGAUUCCCCAUUUUCUGUACCAGUAAAACAGGAAUCAGCUAAACAUUCUUGUUCUGGUACCUCUUUUAAAGGGAAUCAAGCAGUAAAUCCAUUUCCAUUUAUGGAUGGUUCAUAUUUUUCUUUUAUGGACGACAAAGACUAUUAUUCUCUUUCUGGGAUUUUAGGACCACCUGUUUCAUCAUUUGAUGGCAAUUGUGAAGGUAGUGUGUUUCCAAAUCCAGGCCUACCUGUGGGUAUUAAACAGGAGCCUGAUGAUGGCAGCUAUUAUCAAGAGAACAGUAUGCCAUCCUCUGCCAUUGUUGGUGUGAAUUCAGGUGGACAAUCAUUUCACUACAGGAUUGGAGCUCAAGGCACAAUAUCUUUAUCACGACCUGUUGCUAGAGAGCAGACUUUUCAGCAUGUGAGCUCAUUUCCUCCAGUCAGUACACUAGUUGAGACAUGGAAAUCACAUACUGACUUAGCAUCCAGAAGACAUGAUGGGUAUCCAGUUUUAGAAUACAUUCCAGAAAAUGUGUCAAGCUCCUCACUUAGAAGUGUAUCAACUGGAUCCUCAAGACCUUCCAAAGUAUGUUUGGUGUGUGGGGAUGAGGCAUCUGGAUGUCAUUAUGGGGUGGUUACCUGUGGCAGCUGCAAAGUUUUCUUCAAAAGAGCAGUGGAAGGUAAAUGUUCAUGGCAGCACAAUUACCUAUGUGCAGGAAGAAAUGACUGUAUUAUUGAUAAGAUUCGAAGGAAGAACUGCCCAGCUUGCCGAUUACAGAAAUGUCUACAAGCUGGAAUGAAUUUAGGAGCCCGAAAGUCCAAAAAGUUGGGAAAAUUGAAAGGGAUGCAUGAAGAACAGCAACAACAGCAGCAGCAACAGCCGCCACCCCAAAGCCCAGAGGAAGGGACUACAUAUAUUGCUCCAGUAAAAGAGCCAUCUGUAAACACAGCACUUGUUCCUCACCUGUCUGCUAUUUCACCAGCACUUGCUCCUUCACCCACUAUGGUCCUUGAAAGCAUUGAGCCUGAAAUAGUGUAUGCAGGAUAUGAUAAUUCAAAACCAGAUACAGCAGAGCACCUGCUUUCCACUUUAAACCGCCUUGCUGGCAAGCAGAUGGUUCAGGUGGUAAAGUGGGCAAAGAUACUUCCAGGAUUUAGAAACUUGCCUCUAGAGGACCAAAUUACUUUAAUCCAGUACUCAUGGAUGUGUCUAUCAUCAUUUGCCUUGAGCUGGAGAUCAUACAAACAUACAAACAGCCAAUUCCUCUAUUUUGCUCCAGACCUGGUCUUCAAUGAGGAGAGGAUGCGCCAGUCUGCAAUGUUUGAACUGUGCCAGGGGAUGCACCAGAUCAGCCUGCAGUUUGUUCGCUUGCAGAUUAGUUUUGAAGAAUAUACCAUAAUGAAAGUUUUGCUGCUGUUAAGCACGGUUCCCAAGGAUGGCCUCAAAAGCCAAGCUGCAUUUGAAGAAAUGAGGGCAAAUUACAUCAAAGAACUAAGGAAAAUGGUAACUAAAUGUCCAAGUAACUCUGGACAAAGCUGGCAACGAUUCUACCAACUGACUAAGCUUCUGGACUCCAUGCACGAUCUUGUUAGUGACUUGUUAGAAUUCUGUUUCUACACCUUCCGAGAGUCUCAGGCACUGAAAGUGGAGUUUCCAGCCAUGCUGGUGGAAAUCAUCAGUGACCAGUUACCAAAGGUGGAGUCUGGAAAUGCCAAGCCCCUGUACUUUCACAGGAAGUGAUGGAAAAUGUCUUAAUAGAAGAACUUUGCCUUAAGUUUCCUUGUGUUAUUCCACACCCAUGAAGGACCCAAGAAACCACAUUUUAAACGUGCUAUUUACACUUGUUCAGCAGCCUCUGACUAGUCUCAAAUCAUGUGAAGGGUUUGGAAAACAAUUGAUCUGGAUUUGGCAAGACCUAGAUGUUUGAAAAUUACCCCCUUACUCCAAACACUUAGAAAAUGUUCCUGUUCCUCUGGAUGAAAAGCCAUAUCUAGUCAAUAAGUCUUUGAUUUUGAUAUUUUAACAGAUGGGAGUUUUAAAUAUGCCAUGUAGUUUCUGGUAUUGUUUGCUUGUUUUAAAAGGGUUCAAGGACUAAUACAAACUUUUUAAAGCUUACCCCUUGGUUUGCACAUAAAACGUAAAGUCAAUAUGGGGCAUUAAUAUUCCUUUCUUGUAAAAAUAUAUACAAAAACCCCCUAAAGUGUAAAGUAAUAACAGAACAUUUGGUGUGGAAUACUCGUUAUUCUCACCUGCGGCAUUUGUUAUCCUAUGUUAUCCAUCAUAGGUGAUACACACUGUGUUAAGUGUCCAUUUACUAUUUAAUUAAAAAGGAUAAGAUGUUAAAACAAAUGCCUCAGUUUCAGUUUAUAGUAUCUAUUGUGCUGGCUUUACAAAUAAUUUUUCGCAGUCUUUUGCUGUACUGUACAUUGCUGUAUGUAUAAAUUGUGAAGGACCUGAAAUAAGGUGUAAGGAGCUUUUGUAAAUGAGAAAAAAAUCUUUAAUGGUUACUAGGAUGAAUGGGAAAGUAUUUUUGAAAGAAUUCUAUUUUGCUGGAGACUAUUUAAGUACUAUCUUUGUCUAAACAAACAAGGUAAUUUUUUUUGUAAAGUGAAAUGUUCUGCAUGCAUAAUGAACCGUUUACAGUGUAUUUAAGAAAGGGAAAGCUGUGCCUUUUUUAGCAUCAUAUCUAAUUUACCAUUUUAUCUGUUGUAAAUAACCACACAACCUUUUUCAGUUGUAUUUAAGCCUAUUUUUCGGUACAUUUUUCUCCGUUUUUGUCUACUGCUUGCAAGUAUAUGUGACUUCAGGUCAUUUUAGGAAUACUGCUUCAUAUUUCUGUAGGAAACUACACUAUGUUGUGUUUGCAGCUUUAUGGUGGUUUCAUUUAACAAGACAUUACAGUCUCUCAAAAGCUUUUGCCAGCUUUAUGAUGUGGUGAGUUUCUGCCCUCUACUCUAGAUUACUCAAGGAGAUAAAAGCAAAUCAUAGGAUGUUAAAUGAUUUUUUUUUCCUUUUUCAAAAUUAAAGUUUUCCAAAUUCUUUGUUAUUCCUUUUAAUAUUGAAUGCACGUAACCUUAAAGGUCCAGUUGUCACCUCUGAUUUAGGAGCGUGAAUUCCAAUUAUGGUUAAGGGAACAUACAGAUCAUUACAGUAAGUAUACUGUAUAUAUUUUGAUUGGGAAGGAUGAAUGUACGGUGCUGAUACUGGCAGAUUAUCUUGGUGGGGUUUUUAGUUAUAAAUUCAAAACAUUAAUGUAAAAAUGUAAGCAGACCUACAUCUAAACAGAUACUUUCACUGUGAACAUUUCAAUCUUAGUUAUCAAUUUUUGUCUCAAAACCAUGUCCUCUGGUGUAAGGAAGGCUAUGAAGAUGCACCUUUCAUGGGAUGACUUUCACAAUUUGUAAAUAAAUACAAAAUUCUGGAGUAGAAUAGAGACCAGAUUAACUUUUCUGAACAUCAUUGUUACUAUUAUAUAUACUAAUUUGAAUAGAAUAAUUUUUCAGAGAGUCAUGAUUCCUAAAUUGUCUGUCUGGGCAACAUUUUUGAGCUACAGCUGUCCCUUGACCGGUCAGAAUGUAGCAUUCUUAUAAAUGGUAAUCUAAUAAACUCACCCACUCUUUCUGAUUCAAAACUCCGAGGUGUGCUUCUUGCAAGACAGAGUCAACACUGCUUGUCUUUUUAAAUGACACCUGCCUUAUGCAAUGGGUAAUCUGUAGAGGCUGUAUUCAGAGAGGGAGAUCUUAUAUAUAAAUGUAUACAUACAUAUAUUAUUUGCAAUUUUGGAAGUCUAAUUCAUAAAAUACAAUCAACUGACCUGCACAGCAAUAUGAAAGCCACAUGUCCAACAUGAUAAAUACACAGCAUGCAGAAUGGUUGUUUACAGUAAUGACACGGUCAGAUAUCCUUUACUUUUUUUUCCUCUUUAAAUACUGACAAUGGAAUUUCAAAAUAGCCAGGUUUGGGGUGAAUACAGUCUGCAGCAGCUUUUUAUAUUAACAAAGUUACUAGCUCCUUUUCUAUCUUUGCUUGGUUAAAAUAGCAAAGCCAUAUUCUAAACUUCACCGUUAAAUGCCUGUCCCAGUACAAAUUGUUGUCUGUUUGCUCUUUUUUUGUACCUUAUUGCUUUUAAUCUUGGUUUGGUACAAUUCAUAAUUCACAGAAACUUCAUAUAAUUACAAACACACUAAAUUAGUUUUAAAAAGCAAUUUAUAUCUUUAUGCAAAAACGUAUGUCUGUCUUUGCAAACAACUGUAAGAAGAUUACAAUAAAUCCUUUACUUUAAUCACCUGUUGUUUAUGAAACCAUUCAUUGAUUUUUUUUGCUAGAAAUCAUUCAAUAGAUAUAAUUGGAUAGAGAUGUUUUAAGAGAGAGUAUUCUCUUCUCCAGAAUACUUAAGUAGAAUAGCCAUCUCACAUUAACUAACCAAAUCUACAGCAUAAAAUACUGUUUUUAGCUACAACAAAGAAAUGAAAGUAUUUUGAACUUGUUUAGAAUGAAAUAGGCAUUUGUCUCCUGCAAAAUAUAAGACAAACUCAAUGAAAUUUCAAAAUGUCUGUUUUAAAAGUGGGCUUAUGCCGAUUGCAUUGAAUAAUUUUGUUGCAAGGAAAGAAUGGGGAUGGACAGCAAGAACAUUGCAUACACGUUUUAAAAUGUAAAAUAGUUUUAAUGUACUGCAGCAGGUAUUUCAGGAAUACUAGAUCGCAUUGUGCAAAUAUUCAGUUGCACAAAAUAAACUAGAAAGGCUAAAGUUUGCAAUAUCAAAUUCUUAUUAAAAAGAUACUUUACAAUCAAGCUAAUUCAUAGGGUUGUGUUUUCACUGACGUAUAAACAUAUAUGAAUUUAAAACAAUCUACAAUUAAUGCACUUUUAAUUGUUAAAGAUUUGACUUUCUUUUUGUAGAGCAAUGUUUUCAGCUGGAGGUCAAUGACUUGAUAAAAUAGACAGCAGUUCUGAGGUCAGUGGAAUGUUUAAGAAUUCUUGGAGUUUAAAUAGAUUUUUGGAUGAAAAAUAAAAACAGUCAGCACUCUGAUGUAAACAGUAAAAUCUAUGCAUAAUGAUGCAUUUAUAAUUAGGGGUUUGCUUCUGUAUGGUUAAAGCUUUUUAAAUAAAUAGAAAAUAUUGUUUGGUCUUUGUUAAUGUCUGCAAGUACACUUUUUUAAUAUAAAUUGUACAAAUAUACAUGGAUUAAAAUGGUUUGAUUGCAAGUAUUCCUUGCACUUUAAUCUUCA